UCUGCGUCCCCUUCUGCCAUCAGGAACAAAAUUCUUGUUACCGACAAUUCGGUAUCCUUGUCUUAAAACCUUCAAGAUCAGUUGGUAGUGCUUGGCUUCCAUAUACCUGCAAGAUAGACCAUGUCCUCUUCGUCAUCAUCCAUAGUCAGCACUACUACAUCUGUCGUCGCGGUGGUUUCGACAACUCUUUUGGUCUAUUUGCAGUGGAGGAAUGCACCCGAAUGGAUAAAACAGGGAUUGUGGUCCAACAGUAGCAGCGAUUCAGAUGGUGCCAACACCAGGAACGAUGAUCUCCUGGACAAGGAUGCCAAUGAUGAUCUAGCGUCACUGCCAGCCGUCAUGGACAAGUUGAAACAAAUGUACAAUUUGGUGUCGGCUGUCAGCGAUGAUGUGGAACAGAGUAAUUGGAUGGGAGAUUGGCAAUUGAUGGCCGCGUUUUAUUCGCUGCUACAUCUGAAUACCGAGCUUCUCGCCAAAGACCCAGAUUAUCGAGACAAACUCUACGACGACCAUCAUCACGACGACGAUGUCGAAUUGGAGGAAGUCCUGGAAUUGGCCAAGUACUUGGAUUACGCGCAAUGGGCCUAUCUUUCUUCGCACACGGAACUUUCCAAAAACUGUCGCCACGCGGGAUUGGAUCUCAUGACGCAUGAUACGGCCACCGAACCAGGACGGGUCGCCCACUACAUUGCGCUGCAACAUUCCCAAAAGUUGGCCAUUAUUGGGCUCAAGGGAACCAAUACGUUUUCCGAUAUCAUGACGGAUCUCAUUGCCCUUCCCAAAAAACACGCGGGAUGCCAUUUCGACAAUGGCGCCUUUGCCAAACCCAAGAGUGGUGAUAAAGAUCCCGUCAAUGAGGUCUAUUGUCAUGAGGGGAUCUUUACAGCCGCCAUUUGGAUGGCGGAUGCCGUCCAACCAAUGAUUGAGAACAUGCUGGUGCCCCUCAACUACAAAGUCAUUAUUUGUGGGCAUUCCUUGGGAGCGGGGACAGCCUGUUUGCUGGGAUUGGAGCUUCGUUCGAGGAUUGCCGCCUUUCGCGAGAAUACCACAGAUUUGAGAGUCUUGGCGUUUGCCACUCCACCCGUCAUCUCGUACAAGGCCGCCAGAGCCUGCGAGCCGUUCGUGACAUCGGUCGUCAACAAUACCGAUGUCGUAUGCCGUUGUUCCGUCUCCAACUUGAUCAUCAUGUACAAACUUUUAAACGAGGUGACUGCCAGGCUCAAUGCCAAGGGUUUGACAUUGGAUUCCUGGACAUCCAUACAAAACUACUACAAAGAACACUCGGUGGUGGACGAUGAUCUACUCAUGACAGAGGAGGAACUGGAUACGUUUUUUGAAGAAACUCACGCCGAUCCAGAAAAGGACGAUCAAGCGCUCUAUGUUCCUGGGCGAUGUGUAGUGAUGUGGGACAAAGGUGAGAACGAUGACUUUGCCAUGGGAGGGAUAGUCACGGACGGUGGUAUGAAGAUGCUGCGACAAGUGGAAUUGGCUCUAAGCUUCAUCACGGAUCACAUUGUUCCGUCGUAUCGCACGAGCUUGCAAAAGCUAAUCCAACAAAAGGAGAACACAAUAUAGAUAACCAGGGCAGGAUAGCACUGGUGCCAAGGUUCCAGCCCAGCGACGUCGCAAAC